CGACCGGAGCAAACCCGUGUUUGUACCGCUAACCUCGCGAUAAGGUCCCCGGGAAAUGGCGGAUGAGAACGGAAGGCGGAAUGGCGGUCUCUUCGGUUCCUUUGCUCCACUUGGCACAAAACUGUUUCAGGAGCGUUUUGGGAGAAGAUUUUGGAGGAGCGCCUGGGAGCUGCAAUCUCUUGCUUCAUUCUCCCUCAGAGUCAACGUUGCCUGGUGUCAUUGGAACCAGGAAGAAGGCAAGCACAGAUUAUCUCUGAUCAAAAGUGGCAGGUUUUGAACUGCUUGCCUUUUAGCUCAUCUGCGAUGUGGCAGGCACGCCUAGUCAGCAUUUAGCUCAGCAUUCGCAGAUCCAAGACCUGGCAGUAUGGGGGGCAGCCACGCGGCGAGCCCAACCACCCCCAGCCCUGUUGGCACCUUCUCUUUGAGGAAGGCAAGCUUUGAGGAAGAUCCAGUGAAGCUGACCCCGGUUGAGCUGGAGAACUGCAAAGCGGCAUUGGCCGUGCUGCAAGAGAGGCUGCGUGUACAUGAUGGGGUUGAACAUGAGUACUCUGCUCUGCAGGCAGAGACAAUCACCAGCAGUCUGCUGAUAGACACGGAGGUGAUGCAGUGCGCACGUGACCCCGCCAACUCCAAGAAAAACCGAUACCUCGACGUCCUUCCUUUCGACGACAAUCGUGUACUGCUCCAACCAGAGUCCUCAAACGGGGAAGCGUCUGACUACAUAAAUGCCAGCUAUGUCUAUGACUCCGACCGGCCCGACCUGCCCAAGUAUAUCGCCACCCAGGGCCCGCUCCCCGCCACCACGGAGGACUUCUGGGCCAUGGUUAUUCAGCAGAGGUGCCAGGCGAUCAUCUCGCUGACGCGAGAGGUAGAAAGGGACAGACCAAAGUGCGCGCACUAUUUCCCCGAGGCUGCGGGGCAGGCGGAGCGCUACGGGCACAUAGUGGUCGCGACACGGGAGGUGACGUACCUGCAACAGGGCCUGAUCGCCCGGCGAAUGAUCGAAGUCGCUAGCACGGCUUCCGCCAGUCCCCCGCUCGUCCUCCCCCACUACCACUACCUCGACUGGCCGGAUCACGGGGUUCCGGCCUCGACGUCCGUCAUCCGAGGUCUUUUGCGGCACCUUCGGCUGUCCCUGCCCCCCUCCUCGCCGCCAAUCGUCAUCCACUGCAGCGCCGGGAUCGGACGGUCCGGAACGUUCCUCACGGUGGACUACACCGUCCGGAGGGCUUUGUCCGGGGACCUUUCGGCCAUGGACAUUGCGGAGACGGUGAAGAAGCUGCGGGCGUUGCGGGGGGGCAUGGUCCAAACUAGGGACCAAUAUCGGUUCUGUUAUAUUGCCGUUAGGGAGGAGUUAGAAGACCUAGUUGCAUGGGGAAGCGGCUAGGAUAAGCUGAAAACUCACAAGCCCACGGGCGCACUUGAUUACACGAGGCAUACUCGCCCCUUUCGAACGUAGAUCUAUGUCAUUUGUUUUAGUGACGCAGAUAGGUGUAGAAACCUAUGGUUCUCCAAGAGGCAACGAACAUGUGGGGCGUGGUCGCAAUUGUCCACAGAAGGUGAGGGUCUGACAUGUGGAACUCGAUUGCGUUGUAAAAUUGGGUGACUUGCGAAGGGACUGUAUGGCGCUCUAUGGUUUCAAGGGACUGUAUGGCGCUCUAUGGUUUCCAGGCUCACUCUGCUAGCUCGAGCAAAAUCUUUAGAACUAGCUAGUCCCAAAUAGGAUUUAAGCAUGACGCACGACGAUGGUCACCGGUCUUGUAAAGGUGCUUUGAUUUGUUGCCAUCAUCUAAUCCACGAUAUGAUCC